UCAGUCAGUCGGUCUUUCUGGCAUUCCCUUGGAUCGACAGCUGAAAUCAGAGCUGGUUAAUCAAAACAUACUCCGGUUCAUUCUUCGGUUCUUCUGAGUUUGGUGCUUCUCUGUGUGAGUUAGUAGCUGUCCAGCAUCGAUAGACAAAACACUUAGGCUGACCAGACCAGUAAGUGAUUCGAUUUCAUCAUUGAUAUGAUGAACAAUCGGAGCCUAUAGGAUUAGUCAUCCGAUUGCAUUUUCCGCAAGCCGCGCUUUUAGUUAGACAGCGGGUUUCCUGAUUGGGCUCUUGCUAGUCCGAAGUUCUUCCCCAUUCAAUCCAUUCGGAUUGCACUCAACCACCCUCAACCAUUCUUCGUGUUUGAGGGAGCGUAAAUCGUAGAUCGUAGACUCAGCAGUGUUCUAAUAAAAGACCAUCAGCAACAAACCUCCAAACCAAAAAAAAAUGGACAUCUUCGUUCCGAUUGCUAUUUGCUUCAUCCUGUUUGUGUUCUUCUCGUUGUGCGGCAUGUGCUGCAAGAGGAGGCGCGAUGCAGGUGCCGUCAUUGCCACACCGGUUGUCAUCACCUCGACGCAGCAUCACGUCGCUCCGUAUCCGGUAACGCAGAUUCCGAACCAAGCGGCCGGGCCACCGAUGAUGCAGCAACAUGCCACCGGAACCGGAGUCUAUCCGAUGCCGCAGCCAAUGUACAACUCUAUGCCGGGAGUCGAAUAUCCUCGGCAGCAGCAGCCAAUGCAACAGCAACAGAUGUACCCGGCCCAGCAAGGGAUGCCAAUGCCAAUGCCGAUGCCCCAACCGGGUGGCAUUUCCGCUCCAAUGGCUCCUCCGGUAGCUGCCCAGGCCAUGAUGGAUCCUCCAAGCUACGAUCAGGUCGUUACGGAAAACUAUCCUCGCCAGGCUGCCUACAACCCUCACUAUACCGGUGGCCAAUAAAGACAAACCCAACUGUAGAUAGUCGAUGGGGACAAAUUUCUAGAAACCCUGCUGAAAGACCUUUUUCGGAGAACCAAAUCUUCCGGUUCUGGUUCCGGGUUUUGACUGCCGUGCAAAAUAAUGGAGAGAUGAGUCGAUUGCGUGUUCCUGGUUAGGUUUUGUGGCUUAUUUUUUUUUUUAUAAAUUAUUAUUCUAAACGCCAUAUUUACACAGUUCGUUAUCGCGAAAUAUUUAUAAUAGGUUCGAUUGAGACUGUUCUUCGUCUUUUUCUUCCAAUUCAGAACGAAAGCGAAAGGAGGCAACAGUAAUUAAUAGGUUUUUAACUUAUCGAUAGGACAAACUCGGUCAGUGCUUAAGUAUUUGCUAGAGUACUGAUAAUAGCGCGGCAAAUGAGUGUUGUUGUGAUACGUGUAAAUCAAUUGAGAUCAAAUACCGAACACCGAACAGCAAAGUGAAGAUGCUAGGAAAAAAGAUUAUUUGACUUAAACGUUGUAGCUUUAAAUUUUUUUUUUUACUACUGGUAAGGCAGAGUGAAGUGUUGAAGGCUUUGAGGAGAAUCAGUUUCGAAAAAAAAAAAAAAUAAAAAAACCCAGUACCAGUUCGAGAACGUUCAUUCAAUGUUCAUGUCAUAUUUUAAGGAAUCGUUGCAUUGAUACCAAAAAAGUGGACUUAUGGCCGUGUAUGAAAUGCAUGCUACUUGAAUGUCGGAAUAAAAUAAAUAGAUUACUAUUACCUGUUAAAAUGUAAGUCAAGAAAAAAUAUACCCA